AUGACGGUGGGUAAACUAUUGAUUGGCUUACUUAUACCGAUUCUCGUCGCCACAGUCUUUGCUGAGAGUUCCCCAGGAAGCAUCAAGAGACAUGAAAAGUUCAUCCCAAUGGUCGCAUUCUCGUGCGGCUACCGUAACCAAUACAUGACCGAAGAAGGCACAUGGAAGACCGAUGAUGAGCGUUACGCCACCUGUUUCUCUGGCAAACUUGACAUCCUCAAGUACUGCCGCAAGGCUUAUCCAACCAUGAACAUCACCAACAUUGUUGAGUACUCGCAUGAAGUGAGCAUCUCCGAUUGGUGCCGCGAGGAGGGAUCGCCAUGCAAGUGGACUCACAGCGUUCGACCAUAUCAUUGCAUUGAUGGAGAGUUCCACUCCGAAGCUCUUCAAGUCCCACAUGACUGUCAAUUCUCGCACGUCAACUCUCGCGACCAAUGCAACGACUACCAGCACUGGAAGGAUGAGGCCGGAAAGCAAUGUUCUGGAAAGAAGGCCAAGGACACCAAGUCAAUGAUUGUUCGAUCAUUCGCCGUUCUUGAGCCAUGCGCCCUCGACAUGUUCACCGGUGUUGAAUUCGUCUGCUGCCCCAACGAUCAAACGAACAAAACUACGACCGAGGACGAAGACGACGACGAUGAUGACGAUGACGCUUAUGAGGAUGAUUACUCAGAAGAAUCUGACGAGAAGGAUGAGGGAGAGGAGUCAAGCGCUCAGGACCCAUACUUCAAGAUUGCCAACUGGACCAACGAGCAUGAAGACUUCAAGAAAGCUGAGACUCGUAUGGAUGAGAAGCACAGAAAGAGAGUUGAGAAGGUGAUGAAGGAGUGGGGAGACUUGGAGACCCGUUACAACGAGCAAAAGACCAAGGAUCCAAAAGGAGCCGAGAAGUUCAAGGCUCAGAUGAACGCACGUUUCCAGAAGACCGUCUCUUCAUUGGAGGAGGAGCACAAGAGAAUGCGCAAGGAGAUUGAGGCAGUGCACGAGGAGCGUGUUCAAGCUGUGCUAAACGAGAAGAAGAGAGAUGCCACUCAUGACUACCGUCAGGCUCUCGCUACUCAUGUUAACAAGCCAAACAAGCACUCUGUUCUUCAAUCCCUCAAGGCGUACAUUCGUGCUGAGGAGAAGGAUCGUAUGCACACUUUGAACAGAUACCGUCACUUGCAGAAGACCGAUCCAAAGGAGGCCGAGGGAUACAAACCAACUGUUCUCCACAGACUUCGUUACAUUGACCUCCGCAUCAAUGGAACUUUGGCCAUGCUCCGUGACUUCCCAGACCUCGAGACACACGUCCGCCCAAUUGCUGUUGCUUACUGGAAGGACUACAGAGAUGAGGUCACCCCAGACACUGACAUUGAGGAGACCGACAUCGAAUCUCUUCUCAAGGAGGAAGACUUCAACAAGAACGCCAAGCUUGACGUGAAGGCGCCAACCACCGCCAAGCCAAAGCCAGCUGAGACCGACAACGCCAAGAUUCUCCCAACCGAGGCUACUUCAUCAUCUGACUCUGAAGAGGAGGCUGAUGAGUACUACGAGGAUGAGGAUGACGAGCAAGUCAAGAAGACUGACAAGUCGAAGAAGGUCAAGGUUGUUGACAUCACUCCAAAGAAGCCAACCGAGAUCAAGGUCACUCUUGAGCAAGAGAAGAAGUCACCAAAGUUGGUUGAGACCUCCGUUCAAACCGACGACGAGGAGGAUUCAUCUUCUUCAUCUUCAUCUGAAUCUGACGAGGAUGAGGAUAAGAACAUCAAGGAACUUCGUGUUGACAUUGAGCCAAUCAUCGACGAGCCAGCCUCGUUCUACCGUCACGACAAGCUCAUUCAAGACUCGGACGACGAGAGCUCCGCUUCCACCAUCUUCCAGCCAUACGUGCUCGCCUCAGCGAUGUUCAUCACCGCCAUCUGCAUCAUCGCGUUCGCUAUCACCAACGCUCGUCGCCGUCGCGCCAUGCGAGGAUUCAUCGAGGUCGAUGUCUACACCCCAGAGGAACGUCACGUCGCUGGAAUGCAGGUCAAUGGAUACGAGAAUCCAACCUACUCCUUCUUCGACUCUAAGGCUUAA